AUGUCUGCAUCUGUCACGCCUGUGCCUCCAGCGGCGGCACCAGUCGCCGCCCCUCCCGCCCAGGUUGCCGUAGUUGCGCCGCCAGCGCCUGUCGUCGGUGAGGUGGAUGCCUCACAAAUCGCGACACCACCACCAGCCAAGAAGAGCAGGACAAAUACCCCAUGGACGCCCGCUGAAGAGCUGAGGCUGAAGCAGAUGAGAGAUCUCGGCAACAGCUGGGCAGAGAUUGCCAAGACAUUCCCGACGAGAACUGAGGGCAGCGUCAAGAAGCACUGGUACAAAGAUAUGCACUACGCCGAGUUUGCCGAGGACGAGAGCCAGGCCCUCAUGAACGCCAUCAAGGAUUACGAAAACAACAAGUGGAAGACGAUUGGGCAGAAGGUCGGAAAGCCUGCCAAGGCCUGCGAACAAUACGCCAAGGAGCACUUUCCGGAACUGUUCCAGGGCAAAGGUCGCUAA